UAUUCCGAUAUGUUUUGACACUUUUGGAGACGCCAUUGUAGCGUCGUGAACGAAAAAGCAAAAAAAAAACGGUCCCAAUACUAUUACGGUGACUUUUAUUGACGAUAAACAAUUAAACUCACGUUUGAAAAAAAAACCUUUUAAUUUAACUUCAACUGGUGUGAAACGACAUUAAAUACGACGACAACAAUUGUGACAAAAUGAGUUCGGGCGGUAUGUUAUAUGGUGGUGAUGAAAUCGGAGCAUUAGUUUUCGAUCCCGGUCAUCAUUCACUUCGUGUUGGUUACGCUCAAGAGGAUGCACCAAAAGCCGAAAUUCCAGCUGUGGUUGGUGUUGCACCGGGCGACACAGCUGCAACUGCAGCCACAAACGCUGGCAUAGACAUUGAAACAAAAGCCAAUAAUAAUAAUGUGACAUCAAGUGGAAACAAAUAUAUAGUCGACACUACAUUUGUGAAUGUAGCCCGUUCAAAUAUGGAAAUUCAAACGUAUAUGAAAGAUGGAAUGAUUGACAAUUGGGACCUAUUUGAAAAGGUUCUUGACUACACAUAUGCCAAAGUAAUCCAGUCAGAAUCGCAGUAUCACCCAGUAUUAUUCUCGGAGUGUUCAUGGAAUGUCCGUUCGAAUCGUGAACGACUCACCGAAUUGAUGUUCGAAAAGUAUAAUGUUCCCGCAUUUUUUGUCGUUAAAAAUGCAGUACUGGCUGCAUUUGCCAAUGGAAGAGCAACGGCAUUGGUUGUUGACAGUGGUGCUACACACACAUCGGCCGUUCCAGUUCAUGAAGGAUAUGUCUUGACACAGGCUGUAGUGAAAUCACCACUCGGCGCAGACUAUUUAUCGUUGCAAUGUCGCCAACAUCUCGAAGCACAAGGUAUCGAUCUGACGCCAGCAUAUAUGAUUGCCACAAAAGAAUCAGUACGUGAACGCGAACCACCACGGUUUACAGUUAAAAAGCUCCCAGACAAUUUGACAAAUUCAUGGCAACAGUAUAUGCUAAAGGGUUUAAUGCAAGACUUCCAAAUGUCAACGGUACAAGUACUCGAAGUGCCAUACGACGAACGUACGGCUUCACAAAUUCCAUCCGUACACUAUGAAUUCCCUACUGGUUAUCAUCAAGAUUUUGGUUGUGAGCGUUUUAAAUUGGCCGAAAGUCUAUUUGAUCAUACCAUGCUCGGAGCCGGCCAAUUGGCCUCAACUAGUGUUGGCAUGUGUGACACAGAUGUACGCAUGUCACUAUACGGUUCUGUUGUCAUUACCGGUGGGAAUUCUCUGCUACAGGGUUUCCCUGAGCGCUUGAGUCGUGAUUUAUCGCUGCGAGCACCGUCUCAAGUUCGUUUGAAAUUGAUUGCUGCCAAUGGUUCGGUCGAGCGACGUUUUGGUGCAUGGAUCGGUGGCUCUAUACUGGCUAGCAUUGGCACAUUUCAACAAAUGUGGAUAUCUUCACAAGAAUAUGAAGAGUCUGGAAAAAGCCAAGUCGAACGAAAAUGCCCAUAAUUGACGAUCAAUAGUAAUAAUUUUCAUCGAAUCCAGUUUGCCGAUUAAGCUAUCGGUGCAUUUCUACAUAUUUUUUUUUUCGUAAACUAUUUUCUCCGAAACACACCCAAAAAUUGUAAUUUUACUCAAAAUUAAUAAAACAGACCAUACUGAAUUGCAAUUGCA